UUGGUUAGCGUUAGUCACGACGUCAUUUCCUCCUGCUGUUAGUGCAGGAAAACAAGACGCAGAAUAAAYAGCAAAUCCACAACAGACGAUUUAAAUCCAGUGUUGUUAAUUUUACAACUAAAAGACCAUCGACAUCAACAUGUUUUCCUUCCACCAUGUUUUCGACCACCCCAUGGCCCGGGGCUUUCAGAGCCGCUUUUCCACUCAGUACCGCUGCUACUCGGUGUCWAUGCUGGCUGGACCCAACGACCGCUCCGAUGUAGAGAAAGGAGGCAAAAUUAUAAUGCCACCUUCAGCUCUUGAUCAGCUAAGCAGACUUAACAUCACCUACCCCAUGUUGUUUAAGCUGACCAACAAGAACUCAGACAGAAUGACACACUGUGGUGUUCUGGAGUUUGUCGCAGAUGAGGGAAUCUGUUACCUUCCACACUGGAUGAUGCAGAAUCUUCUCCUGGAGGAGGGUGGUCUGGUCCAAGUGGAAAGUGUAAACCUCAUGGUGGCCACCUAUUCAAAGUUCCAGCCUCAAAGUCCWGACUUCCUGGACAUUACAAAUCCCAAAGCAGUCCUCGAGAAUGCACUGAGAAAUUUUGCAUGCUUGACAACUGGUGAUGUCAUAGCUAUAAACUACAACGAAAAGAUCUAUGAGCUGCGAGUUAUGGAGACCAAACCAGAUAAAGCCGUAUCCAUCAUCGAGUGUGAUAUGAAYGUGGAUUUUGAUGCUCCUUUGGGUUACAAGGAGCCUGAGCGACGAUCUCAGAACAAGGAAGAACCAACAGAGGAAGGGGGAGACACCAGCAGUUAUGCUGACAUGGACACAGGAUUCAGAGCUUUUACCGGCUCUGGGAAUCGCCUGGAUGGCAAAACAAAAGGGAUUGAGCCCAGCCCUGCUCCUCUUGCCGCAAGUGACAUCAAAAGAGGCAUUCCAAACUACGACUUUAAAGUUGGUCGRAUCACCUUCAUCAGAAACUCCAAACCUCAGCCCAGAAAAAUUGCGGAAGAAGAUGACACCAUGAACAGAUUCAUUGCCUUUUCUGGAGAAGGACAGUCAUUACGCAAGAAGGGCAGAAAGCCUUGAACAAUUCUAAACAGGGUUUGGUUUGUGUGACACUUUAAACAGCAAAGUAAAAAAAAAGCUUUCAGAAACACUGAGGUUUUGUCUUUGUGUCUCUUUGAAGUGGGGACUUUGCUAAUGUUUGAUAUUUUUAAAGAUCACAUUUGACAGGAAUGUUUUUGCUCUGAAGAAGCUAAGCUGCUUCACUGUCAGUUGUAAUUUGUAUUCCAACAUACAGACGAGCUUGAAACUUAUUGUUUAUUACAUAGAAUUUGAAUUACUUUGACUUUGACCAUCUUGUAUUCUCUAGAAUUGUUGGAUUUAUCAGAAAUUAUCCUCAAUAUUAUAAUACAACAGGAGCAAUAAUACUUUUGCUUCAGUUUUGAUCAAACAUUUUUAUGUUUGGAUUUUUUUCCAGGUUCACAUAAAUACUUUGCAACUUUUUUUUUGCUUUGUUUAUUUAUAGACAAAUAAAGGACUGUGUUUUGAAA